AUGGAUCACAACGACAAUCGGCUACGGCUGAAUUUCCAGUUCGACAAUCAGCACAACUUUGACACCUCUAACAACCGCAACUACCCUACCACGCCCUCCACCUUCCCACAGCCCAUCUAUGGUACACAAGCACAAGACUACGGCGGAGCCAUGAUGUCUCCGAACCCUGCUGCACAACCAGGCUAUUUUCCCACUCAGCAAUAUCAGCAGCAGCAAUAUAGCCAACCGCAAACCCAGCAAUAUGGAUAUCAGCAGAAUUUGCAACAGCCUCAGCAGGCCUACCAGAUGAACGCGAGGGGGUAUCCUCAGACCGACGGCACGACUCAGAUGAUACAGCAGUUCUCCAACCAAGACUUGGGCUCAGCACCACGACAAGGCACGAACCGAACUCCUUCACCAGCCAACGCUCAGCGACCUCGAACGGCAGGUGACGCUCGACAGCCUCCUCAACAGUACCAACCCCAUCUUGCUCCACCAAUGCCUCGAACCGCAUCCAAGCCUGAAGAGGAAGAGAAGCAAGACCCGCGGAAGUAUUCAGACAAUGUCAUACGGAGAGGUACUGCUGCGAAACAACUAGUGAACUGGUUCUUUCAAGAAAACAUCGAUCGUGCAAAGGACCGGAACAGCAGAGCCAGGGAGCUUGAUGCGAUCUUGAAAGAUCCCAGCGUGCCUGACGUGGAGAAGAUCCGGCAGCAGAACCUACUGCUACAAAAGGAGGCCCGCUUCCUGCGGUUCUUGCGGACCAGAGAAACGGCUUCAAACUUCACUACCAUCAAAGUCAUCGGGAAGGGCGCUUUCGGUGAGGUGAAACUGGUACAGCGGAAGACCGAUGGCAAGAUCUAUGCUCUGAAGUCUCUUAUCAAGUCGGAAAUGUUCAAGAAGGAUCAGCUUGCCCACGUCCGAGCAGAAAGAGACAUCCUGGCAGACUCGAAAGACAACCCAUGGCUAGUCAAGAUGCAUGCUUCCUUCCAGGACAAUGCUUUCUUGUACAUGCUGAUGGAAUUCUUACCAGGUGGCGAUCUCAUGACCAUGCUUAUCAAGUACGAGAUUUUCUCCGAGGACAUCACGCGUUUCUACAUGGCCGAGAUUGUCAUGGCGAUCGAAGCUGUACACAAGCUGGGUUUCUUCCACCGAGACAUCAAGCCAGACAACAUCCUGCUAGAUCGAGGUGGCCACAUAAAGCUGACAGAUUUCGGUCUGUCGACAGGUGGAAGGAAACAACACGAGAACUCCUACUACCAGGCCUUGAUGCGAGCCGGUGGUGCCGAUAAAGCUGGAAAUAGAAAUUCCAUGGCUUUGAACGAGCAGAUAAACCUGACUGUGAGCAAUCGGGGUCUGGUCAACACCUGGAGGAAGUCAAGACGGCAGAUGGCAUACUCUACAGUGGGUACGCCAGACUAUAUCGCUCCUGAGAUCUUUUUGAACCAGGGCUACACUUAUCUUUGCGACUGGUGGUCGGUCGGUGCCAUCAUGUUUGAGUGUCUGGUCGGAUGGCCGCCUUUCUGCGCAGAGGAUACGCACGAUACCUACCGCAAGAUUGUCAAUUGGCGAGAGUCGCUCUACUUCCCAGACGAGCUUACUCUCGGCCGAGAUGCAGAAGACAUGAUUCGACAAUUCCUGUGUGACGCAAACGACCGACUAGGCAAAGACGGCGGCAUCUACGACGGCGCAAACUCGAUCAAGCGACAUCCCUUCUUCCGAGGUGUGGUCUGGGAGAAGCUGCGAAGUAUCCGUGCACCAUUCGAACCCAAGCUGUCCUCUAAUAUUGACGUGUCAUACUUCCCGAUCGACGAGAUCCCACAAGAGGACAACAGCGCUGUUCACCGAGCUCAAGCGAAGCAGGUUGCUCCGGAGCAGGACGCCGAGAUGAGCUUACCUUUCAUUGGGUACACGUAUAAAGCUUUCAAUGCAUUCCAGACCACCUAA